GAAAAGUGUUGUGCUUCACUUCUCUUUGAAAAGCCUGAGACACAGUUGGACUAACUCUGAAGUCAGGAGCUUGAAGCUUCAGCAUGAUGAGCCGUCCACAGAAAUACAUAGAAGGUGAAGCUCUUCACUCUCAGCAUGCAAAAUCAAACAAUGCGUUAAAGCUCACAGUGGCCGUGCUGGUUGUCUGUGUUCUCCUGGUAUCGGCUCUCGUGGUAACUUAUCUCUUGUUUGAGUUUUUGAAAACCAGGGAAAUGCUCAGAAAUCUUGAACUGAAGCAGAAAAACGUAAAAGCCGAUGUCACAGAGAGACUGCCUGAAAUGAAACCAUGUAGUACAGUGCAGCCCACAUGUCCAGAGCCUGAAGUAAAAAUUAUAACACAACCGUGCAACAUAAUACAGCCUACAACCCCACAACCUACUGAAAUAACCACCGUAACACAAUCAUACAGCACAAUACCGACUACAACCCCACAACCUUCUGAAAUAACUACGAAUGAUCCAUGUUAUAAAUGUGAAGAUGGCUGGAACCAACAUGGAGAAAAUUGCUAUUAUUUCUCCACAAGAAAAUCAUCCUGGAAUGCAAGCAGAACUGUAUGUAGUACUCAAGGAGGAGACCUGGUUAAGAUAGACAGCAGUGAGGAGCAGAGUUUCUUGACGACAACCAUUCAACAAAUGACAGGGAGAUAUGCGAUUUAUUUCUGGAUCGGACUGACAGACUCAGCAGAAGAGGGCAAAUGGUUGUGGGUGGACGGCUCCCCACUGAAUGAAAGGUUGGCAUUCUGGUACUUUCAGGAGCCAGAUGAUUGGACUCAAGAAGAUUCUGAUGGAGAGGACUGUGUGAGGAUGAGAGCAGUGUAUGAUUUGCAUUAUUUGUCAACUUGGUUUGAUAAAUCAUGUAAAGCACGUGAAAGAAGUAUUUGUGAGAAACCAGCUGAGGCUGUGUGUGACUUCACUUCAGUUCCGGAACAACAGUGAGAGUAGAGGACACAAUGACCUAUUUUUCUAAAGCUAAUGCUGCAAACAUUUAAA